AUGGAGAAUACCCAACAUCAACAGCCUCAAGCACAGCCUCAACCGCAGGUCCAGCAUCAACCACAGCAGUUUACCCACCAUGCUUCAACCAGCCCACCACCGCCCAUGAUCAUGACCCCGGCGUGGAUGGUUGCCAUCCGUGGCGUACAGUUCUUCCUGGCCAUUGUCAUACUCGGUUUGUCAGCAGCUAUCAUUCACUGGGUGUACAUGGAUGAACUCGGCCUCGCUGUUGCUAUUGUACGUCCUUCCUCUCAUCCAUGA